ACCUGGGAGCAUCCAAAAAGCCAGGAACCUAUCUGUGACCCUUGCUCCCGGCUACUCUCAGGACUACAGCAUCCUUUGAGGCCAGUGUAGUAGCUUGGACCCCGAAUUUGUGCACAUGUGUGGGAGGAGAUAUAUCUCCAAGGGGCUUUCUACCCAACAUGUGCCUGGGCAUCCCCCACCCUCACAGAUGAGACAGCCAUGCUCCGUCCCACACACAGUGACCAAGCCCUUGGCCUUCUCCUUCCCAUUCCACCUCCGUCCUCCCAGCCCUUAGUCUCCAGGCUGGUGCUACCCACUGAUCUAGGCUUAGUGUCACCCACUGACCUAACCCUUCCCUUCUUUCCUUUUCUCUCUUUCAGCCUCAGGGGUCCCCCUUCUCCUGGACAUUGGCGCUAUGGCCGUUUGGAAGUGACCCAUGAGAGAAAGGAUGCAGACCUUUGGUCCUCCAGAUGAGGGCCCCCUCCAAGGCCUUGUGGCCUCCCUCAUAGAGACUUAUGGGGGCCGGCAUCGGGCCUCCACCCAGAGCACUGCUGGCAGUCUCUAUCCCCGAGGAGGUGCUGUGCCGGAUCCCAGUCGCCGCCUCCUCCAGAACUAUGUCCCUUUCGUCAAGAGCUCUGGCCAGACCCGGGGCCUGGCUCCCAUAUGGCUGCGAGAACCAGAGCCUGAGAAGCGGCAUGGUGGCCAUUUGGGGGCUGGCACACCCCACUCCCCCAAACUCAAGGAGGUCACCAAGGCCCAUGAGCUGAAAGUGCGGCUGCACACGUUCAGCAUGUUUGGGAUGCCCCGCCUGCCCCCUGAGGAUCGUCGGCACUGGGAGAUAGGGGAGAGCAGUGACAGUGGCCUGGCCAUCGAAAAGACCUGGAGGGAGCUGGUGCCUGGGCACAAGGAGAUGAGCCGGGAGCUUUGCCACCAACAGGAAGCGCUGUGGGAGCUACUGACCACAGAGGUGAUCUACGUGACAAAGCUCAAGAUCAUGACUGAUCUCCUAGCUGCUGGAUUGCUGAACCUGCAGCGAGUGGGACUGCUGACUGAAGUAUCUGUUGAGACCCUGUUUGGAAACGUCCCCAGCCUGAUUCGAGCCCACCGGGGCUUUUGGGAGGAGGUGCUGGGACCCACCCUGGAGGAGACUCGAGCCUCAGGCCAGCCUCUGGACCCUGUCAGCCUGCAAAAUGGCUUCCUGACGUUUGGCCAGCGGUUCCACCCCUACGUCCAGUACUGCCUGCGAGUGAAACAGACCAUGGCUUACGCCCGGGAACAGCAAGAAAACAACCCUCUCUUCCAGAUCUUCGUGCAGUUGGGGCAGGAGGGAGCGUGUGGCCUCCUGACCCCUGGCUGCUUCCCCUGGCAGUGGUGUGAGAAGCACAAGCGCUCGGGGAGGCAGAUGCUGGGUGACUUGCUCAUUAAGCCCCACCAGCGCAUCACCAAGUACCCACUGCUGCUCCAGGCUGUGCUCAAGAGGAGCCCUGAGGCCCGAGCCCAAGAGGCCCUGAACACCAUGAUUGCAUCUGUGGAGUCAUUCCUGCGAUACAUCAACCGGCAGGUCCGCCAGGGUGAGGAGCAGGAGAGCUUGGUGGCUGUGGCCCAACGUAUUGGGCCCUACGAGGUGCUAGAGCCAUCCAGUGAGGAGGUAGAGAAGAAUCUGCGUCCCUUCUCCACCCUGGACCUGACUUCCCCCAUGUUAGGGGUUUCCCCUGAGCACACCAGGCAGCUGCUGCUGGAGGGCGCUGUGCGAGUGAAGGAGGGACGAGAAGCCAAGCUGGACGUGUACCUGUUCCUCUUCACUGAUGUGCUCCUGGUGACCAAGCCCCAACGCAAGGCAGACAAAGCCAAGGUCAUCCGCCCCCCACUCAUGCUGGAGAAGCUUGUGUUCCGACCACUCCGAGACCCCAGCAGCUUCCUGGUGAUCAACCUCACUGAAUUCCAGUGUGUCUCUAGCGCCCUCAUUGUGUACUGUCCCAGUUCCACAGACCGUGCCCAGUGGCUGGAAAAGACCCAGAAGGCCCAGGCCACUCUGCAGAAGCUGAAGAUAGAAGAGUAUGUUCAGCAGAAGAGGGACCUCCUGGCCCUCUAUCGGGACCGGGACCGGGACCAGGAGUCCCCGGGCACCAGACCCUCCACUCCUUCCCCAGAGGGCUCUCAGGGCAGUGCAGAGGGGAGGGCUCCUGAGUUCUCAACCAUCAUCCCCCACCUGGUGGUAACUGAAGACACAGAUGAAGAUGCUCCCUCAGCACCAGAUGAUACCUCAGACUCUGGCUACAGCACUUUGAUCCCAGGCUCCCCCAAGGGGCCCCGCUCCCCGCUGAGCCGUCAACGCCAGCGAGCCCUUCGGCGGGACCCUCGACUCACCUUCUCCACCCUGGACCUCCGAAAUGUUCCUUUGCGCCCCCAACCCCCUAACUCCCAAGCGCCCCAGCGCCGAAGCGCCCCUGACCUGCCAGAGGAAGGCAUCCAAAGAGGAAGCAGUCUUCCCAAGGGAGACCCUCCCACCUGGUCUGAGGAAGAAGACGGGACCUCAGGGGGCGGGAAUGCGGGCGUGGGAACCCUGCACAGGGCCAGACUUCGGGGGCAGCUCUCCCCCUCCCCAAUCCACGUCGACUCUGCUGGGGAAAGCCCCUGGGACUCUUCAGGGGAUGAAGACGAGGAGUCCCUCUUCCUGGAGCCCAGCCACGUGCCCUCGCCACGCCCCCUCCAGGCUGAGGACAUGCUCAGGCAGAUCCGGGAGGAGCUGGCCAGCCAGAGGGUCGAAGACGCCCCAGAGCCGCCCAGCGCCAGGCCUCGGAAGCUGACACGGCUGCAGCUGCAGAGGAUGCGAGGGCCCCACAUCAUACAGCUGGACACGCCCCUGUCCACAUCAGAGGUGUGAGGGACACCGAGGACCUAUGGCAUUUCUCCCAGAGAAAACCUCACCCCAAGAGCGCACGUUACCCCUGGACUCUACCUCAAGGACCAUACCUCCUGCUGAGAAGCCUGGCCCAGGCAUCCUGCCCUCCCUCCUCUAUGGGCUUUGGGAUCAACAACUGUAAAUUUAUGUAUCAUAGACACACCUGAUUCUCACAUAAAGUUGUGCAUAAAAAUGACUACCUAGUGCUAAAUGGGAAGAACCUGGGAGGGAGGGGUGUCAGAGUGAAGGCCGUCUGUGUCUCUGACAGUGGGUGUGAAAGGUGGCGGGGUCUCUGGCCUUGCUGUUGUGAGCCGUCAAGCCAAUUCGGACUCAUAGCAACCCCAUAGGACAGAGCAGACCUGCCCCUAGGGUUUCCCUAGACGGUAAUCUUUACGCAGAGCCACUGAUGGGUUGGAACCACCACCUUUCCAUUAGCAGCCAACGGCUUAAGCACUGCGCCACUAGGAGUCCUUUCUCUAGCCCUAGCUCAGGGCUUCCCCCAUCCCAACCACCGGGAUCCAGGUCUCUGUCCAGGCCUCCCACACCAACCCCAGAAACAGACCACUCCCUCCAGGAGCAGUU